AUGCGGACCUCGCCAGGAUCCACAGCAAGCUGUACUGGUCUCUGCCGUUGGCCACUAGCCCCGACUCGGAAAUGCGAGCACCACCAAGGCCAGAGGUCCUGGCUGGUGAUGGGGAGCUCCAGGACUCGAGAUAUCUCAGAGGCUAGCCCAGACCCGAGCUCGCAGGUGCCCCGCAAAGACGUGGACGCCGUCGAUGGGCACAUUGGCGAUUCCAGGUCGGAAGUGGCCGAGGCGCCGACCACCUUCCGCCUCUUCGCGCUCCACUCCCAGGUGCCCAACGAGGACCAGGAGCUCGUCCUCGACGAGCCUGGCCCAGGCGUCUGCAACGUGGUCCUCGCAACGAACAUUGCGGAGUCGUCCGUGACGUUGCCCGAGGUGUGUGGCGUGGUGGAUUUCGGGGUGUUCAAGACGACCUUCUCCGACCCGAGUCAGCCAGGCUUGACCCAGCUCGCCGCGCGGUGGUGCUCAAAGGCCUCGCUGAGACAGCGCCAGGGUCGCGCAGGUCGCACGCGUUCUGGCUGGUGUGUGAGGCUCGUCACGAGUGUCUUUUCUGAGGACGGAGUGCCCGGGUAUGACGAGCCAGAGAUAUUGCGCACUCCGCUCACGAAGCUUUGGCUCCAGGCGAAGGGCAUCAGCGACGGCCUCAAAAGGGCUCUGCAGGACGACGAGGAGAAGUCGCAGCAGCUCGAGCGCACCGACAUGUCGCCGAGGGCUCUCUUGCAACAGCUCAUCGCGCGACCGAGCGUGGAGGCGAUCGACGCUGCGGUGCACGAGCUCGCUGAGCUCGGGGUGCUCACGGAGAACAACGAGCUCGCCCAGGUCACGGUGGUGGGCCGCCUGUCGCUGUGGCUGCCAUUGGAUGUCCGCCUCUGCCGCUUGCUCUGGCUGGGCGCCCUGUGGGGGUGUGCACCCGAGGCGGCGGUUCUCGCAGCCGCUUGCUCGACCGGGAGCCCGUUCGAGAGCCCCUCACGGUUCGCGUUCGACGACGACAGGGACUAUACCACGCAGCUGCGCCAGACGGCGGAGAGCCGACGCCACUUUGAUGGGGGCCACUUCUCCGAGCCCAUCAUGCUGUUUCGGCUGUUUGGCUCUUGGGCGCGCCGUCUGGGCAUGACUCCAGUGACGCUGCCGCAUCAGGCCAAGUGGGCCCGGGCGGCCAGAUCCCUGGCCGAGUCCGAGGCCGUCGAUGCUCAGAAGAUGCUGGUCUUCGUCGGCUACGUGGCAGACAUCGCCAUGCGAGGGCGCGAUCUCUGCGGUACUGGCCGCAAUGAAGAUGAGUGCCCUGUUCGCCAGAGCCUCCACAGGCUGAUAUGCCUCCUGCGGCGCCCCGACCUCUCCUUCGAGGAGCAGAAGGAGACGCCUCCGGAGAAGGCCCCGAGGAUACGCGAGGUCUUCACCGCCUCCGCUGGCACGGUCUACGCCCUGCUGGCGGCCUGCUUCUCCGACCGGCUGCUCACGGGCAGGCACAAGUACGACGGCGACCAGCUCGUCCCCAUGCUCGACGCCCUGGAGAAGCUGCCUGGUCGCAGCGGCGUUGCCGCUGACGACGCGGUGGUGAUCCCUCGAGGCCUUAGGACCAUGCACAAAGGCACGCUGUCGAGCGAGGCCAGCGUCAGAAAGAUCGUGCAGUCUCUCUGUGGGGCGGAGCCCAGCUCGGUGGCCAUAACGCCGAAGUAUGUCGCGUGCAGCUUCGGAGAAGAAGAUGCGUCGGCAUCUAGGAUGGCUUCGCAGGCGGGUCUGCCUGCUGUGGAGGGUCGGCGGCUUGUAGACCUCGGCUUCAACCCACGGCUUUGCUUCAUGGCAUCGGGUGGUUUCCGCAAGUUUCCUGUCGGCGACGUGGAGAUGUUGCAGGCGGUCUCGCCAUACGAGAUUCAGUUUAGCCUCGUCCCCUCGUCCAUCGGAACGAAGACCCUCGCCAUCCUCGGCGAGAUGAAUCCACUUGGUUUCGCUUGUCAUGUUACCUCCCCGGAGGUGCCCCUCGGUGCUGAUCACUUCGCAUGCGUUGCCUCGUUCUUUCUGGCUGGCGAGUCAUCGUCUGUUGUCCGCGUGGACGGCGCCACUCUUUUGUGCGGAGAAGAAGCACUGCCGCGGACUCUACGCGCUCCUGACCCUCGACCCGCACAGGGUGCCGCUGCGCCUGGGCUUCGCGCUGGGCCCCCGCGGCGGCGCCCACGGCGGGCGGCCCCUGCUCGCCGGGGUGCAGCUGCACAGUGUCCAGCACACCGUCCUCUUCACCCGCCAGCUGCCUGGGCUCCCGACCAUCGAGCAUCUGAAUGGUAUCCGAGAAGAGCCUGCGGCGCAAUCUGCGGGCCAGGCUGUCCAAGAACGGCCAGGGGCAAGACAUCUUGCUGUGGGAGGACAAGCGUGCUGCCGACUCGUUGA